AGCGAAUCUUCCUGCAUGCCCGAGCAGCAAAUCAAUUGAGAAUUCAAAGUUGCUGCAUGUCAGUGUGCAUCUUUACGUUUAUGCAUAAGCAUUAGCAGUAUGAGUAUGAGUGCUGACAUCAAUACAAGUACUAGUGCAAGUAAUACUAGUGGCAGCCGACUAAUUCCCUUUGCAGUCAAUCUGUGGCUAGUGGAAGGUCCCGUUGUGAGCUUCUAUGGGUUUCCUUAUCCCACACGAAUGGCUGUGAUUUCAAUACCAGAUUCUUCGAUGGAUACCAGCACCGAAGUGAGUAAGUGUUCAUGGAUUUGGUCCCCUAUUUCUCUGGACGACGAACUUGCCAGUGAAGUGGAGAGAACUGCAGGCCCUGUGAAGCACAUUGUCAGCCCCAAUUGUAUUCAUUGGCUAUUCAUGAAAGAGUGGCAAGAUCGCUUUCCUCAGGCCAAAAUGUACGCUUCACCGUGCCUUCAGGAGCGUGAGUGCGCAGCGGGCUUGAAAUUUGAACCUGUUGAAAGCUUUGACGAACCGCAUCCGUCUUAUGCUGCUGAAAUCGACCAAACCGUCUUUGACGGAGGUUGGCCCAAGGAAGUUGUUUUCUUUCACAAACCCUCCAAGACUGUCAUCUUUACUGACUUGAUCCAAAGACAACCCAUCGAGUCACUCACCGGAAUCAAGGGAUGGAUCAUGAAGAUGGAUGGAGUGGGAGGAGAGAAUGGAUCCACUCCCAGAGAGUGGCGUUUGCUAUUUCGACUUGGGCGAAAACGAGACAAGGCCAGACAGACACUCGAUCACAUCCUGCUGGACUGGAAACCAGAAAAACUCGUCAUUGCUCACGGACAGUGUGAACAAUCCAAUGCCGCAGCUGUUGUGGAAAGCUGCCUCCAUUGGAUCCCUCCCAAACACAAUGAAUAUAGGCACUGAACAACAUGUAACCGCACCGUAUCGUUUUAGAAUGCCUUGCACUCGAAAAACUAAUUGCCCAGAGGGCGUUGAUUCUUGCAGUCCAGUAAUCUUACGCGUUACAGGAAGUCGGAUGCCCGCCAAGGAACCCUACAGGCGGCCGCAACGCCUGAGACACAAGCCAACUGGCCACCAUACAAGCAAGUAGACACCAACCAAUCAACCGAUAUAUAUUUCGAUUUGGUGUUCUUCGAUUCUGGCUAGAAGCUCCUACUCAUGCCUUUUCGAUGAAGAGGCCACACACAGGCGGAACUU